UUAAAUUGUUAAUUCAAUAAGUAGUGACAUCUAAUGUAAUAUGUGAUAAACUUUAUUGCUGUUCAACCAUAUUGAACAGGCCAAUGCACUUGUAGCAUUGCUUGUAAAUUCGGUGAGAAAAAUCUGAUAAAUUUUAUAACGAAAUAUAUCGGUCUAUCUUGUUGAUUAUAUAAUUGACCGAUAAGGAAUUCAUGUCAUAACAAUUAAACUAUUCGCGCUCGAAGAUUGUCGUGUUGCGAUCAUGAACUGGAAUAAGAAACUGGAAAUUUAAUGUCGAAUGAAAGCAUAAGAAUAAAUUGCAAAAAGUGAGAAGAAUGCCGAGUUGUGGCAGUCUAUUCAGAAUCAUUAGACGGCGUCUUGUACUUGGACUCAUCUUUGCUUUAUCACUUACUUAUUGUGCCUUUUCACUCUUUCGUAAUGAGAGAAAGACAUUAGCUUUGGAUAAUGAUCUUGAUGAUAUGGAUUCUAUGAUAAUUAAUGACAACAAUGAUGACUUGAUCUCUGAUGAUGAUACAAUAUCGGAACAAUUGAGAGCAUCUGGUAAACCACCACUGUGGCAGAUGGCAAUUGUUGAUCAAGGAGCAAAUGAGAAUGCAUUAAACAUAGAAGCAAUGUCAAAUUUAAAUGAUACUGAUAUUGUUCGUCCUUGUCGUAAUUCUAUUCAGGGUAAAGUUCUAAUAGUAGAUGAGCGUGGUAUUGUAUGCUCUAGACAAGAAAUUUUGCCAAAUGGCUGUUGUAGUAUGGAACAAAAGGAUCCUAUAAAAAAUGAGGAUACAUCAACUACACCUAGGAGAGAGAGGUAUAGUUGUAAAACAUGUAACGCUCAAGGAUGUUGUGCUAUCUAUGAAUAUUGUGUUUCUUGCUGCCUACAUCCUGGCAAGCAAAUAAAGGGAAGAAAAGAUGUACUAUUAGGUUUACUUAGAGACAAUCAUAAAUCUCACAGAGACCAAGAUGUGGUGAAAAAGCGUCUUCGUAAUUUAGAUCGCUUUCAAGUUUGUCUGGCUGCAUGUCGUACUUCCAGUGCGAGCGUCCGCCAUGAGAACACUUAUAAGGACCCACAUUCGAAGCAUUGUUACACAUUUCAACCACAACAUCAAAGACAUCGUCGUGAUGUUUAUUCAUAUAAUAAUAAUGACGACAACUCUGUUGUCGUUGCAUCUUUUUCUGUUAUGCCAUUACUUACCCUCUUCUCUCCCUUCUGCCUACUUAUACAUGCAAAAAAUAAUUCACUUUUACUAUCAUGCAACUAUCAUACUCCAAUGUUAUUUGAUUAUUACUCUCACGUACGACCACCUUGAAAUACAAAAUAAAUUUACUAUAC